AUGGAUGACACAGACAGACGUACGUAUUCAAGAAAGCAGAAAAAAAAAAGAUGCUAGUGAGCAUUUGAAUGGUUUAAUCCGACUAACCAAAGCAGCUGAUCCGAUAUUGAAGCAAGUUCCACUCAUAAAGAACCCCUCGUAUCAACAACCAAAAGCAAUCACGCUAAACGCCAACUACAACAAGCUCUUGCCUACAUUAUCAGCCACGGCUAUCCCGCCCAAACUCAAAAUCAAUGGAGAUGAACUUAAUUCAUGGUCAGAGAAACUCACACUGGAGAUUGUGAAAAUCGAAACGGAAGCUGAGAAAUCGCAGGUGUAUGAGGCGUGGAUCAAGGAGCAAACGACCAAAGUUGCUCCUGGGUUUGAUUUUAAUGUCAUGACUCCUCAGAGGACGGGGAGGUGA